UGAGAAAAGAAAAAGAGUCAAUUUUGAAUACAACUCGGCUCCAAUUUCUUCUCCAAUUCUACAAAACCAAAUCCUCCAACCAAAACAAACAAUGAAAACCCAUCUCUCAAACCUCCCUCUCUUCAUCUCUGAUUCUUUCAUUUCAAUCAGAUUCAGAUUCUUUCAUUUCCUUUCCAACUUGCUCUGUUGUUAUCAUUAUUUUUAUUCUGUUUUAGAUUAAUCAAUCAGUUUGUUCGUUGGAUUUCUAAUAUCUUCUUGUAAAUCAUUUUUCUUCUCUAUCAAUUGAUUUCUGAUUGAUUGAUAUAACAAUCAUCAAAAUCUUCGGCCCAAUUUCCUUGAAACCACCCCCCACCCCCCGGAAUAUGGGAAUCCAAGGUGACAAGGUGAGAUUUAAUGUCGGAGGCAAAAUCUUUGAAACAACAGCAACAACACUUGCAAACGCAGGUAGGAAUUCAAUGUUUGGAGCUAUGUUUGAUGAUGAAUGGAACCUAAGACCAAGAGAAAUCAACGAAGAACACUUCAUAGAUCGAAACUCGGAUUGUUUCUCUGUUCUGCUCGAUGUUUUAAGAACAGGUGAGCUUUAUAUCCCACCUAACAUACCUGAAAAAUUACUCUACAGAGAAGCUCUAUUUUACGGUGUCCUUGAUCAUGUCAGAAGUGCAAAAUGGGGACAAUUCGAUGGUAACAGGUUAAGGCUAACAGGUUCAGUUAGAGGUCGUGCUCCUGGUGAUGGUACUGCAAUUAGAGCUGGUCCUGAUGGUGGUGUUGCUGUUGCACAUGGUAGUAUGGUCCAUGUUUACGAUUGGAUGCUCGAAGAACAUCCGCCGCUAAAUCUCGAUUAUCAAAGAGUGAAUGAUGUUGGAUGGAUUGAUUCAGAGAGUAUUGUGAUUAGUGCUUGUGAAAGAUUAGGCAGAGAAGAUGGUGGUAUGGGUCUCUUCAGUUCGUCUUCAGGGGAUCUAAGGUAUAAGUUUCAGGUGAACCAUGAGAAUCAGGUGAAAAGCUUUACUGCUGGAGCUCUAUGUUUUAAUUCUGACAGUAAGAUAUUUGCAAGUUGUAAAGGGAGAAGUAAUGAGUAUGGGAUUGGUGUCUGGGAUCAAGUUACCGGCAAACAGAUUGAUUUCUUCUAUGAAUCACUAGGUUGGUCACUUGGGGAUGCUGAUAAAAUUCAAUGGUUGAAUGGGAGUAAUUGUUUGUUGGUUGCCACUUUGUUCCCAAGGAAGGAUAACUGUUACAUUAGUCUUUUGGAUUUCAGAGAUAAAACUAUGGUAUGGUCAUGGUCAGAUAUCGGAGCGCCUAUAACGGUAGACGAGAAACGCGUCCGCGAUGCAAUUGCAAUGGAAGAGAGCAAUUCGAUAUGCGUUGUUAAUGAGUAUGAAGAUUUGGGGUUUAUGGAUUUGAGAAGUGGUGUUGGUAGCAUUAGAUGGAGUUCUAGAAGUCGUCUGACGAAAGGUAAAAUGCAUGAUGAACCUUGUUAUCCUAAGUUAACAUUACAUCAAGGACAACUCUUUUCUUCAAUGAAUGAUAGUAUAUCUGUUUUUAGUGGUCCUGAUUGGGUGCUGACAUCCAGUUUGAGAAGAAGUUAUGGUGGUUCAAUCUGUGAUUUCUCCAUUGGUGGUGACCGGCUUUUCGCUCUUCACAGCGAGGAGAAUGUUUUCGACGUGUGGGAGACUCCAUCUCCCCCAAUUAUUUGACAUUAAACAGUUGGUAGUAGCAGUAGUAGUAGUAACAAGACAACAGUAAUGACAUAGGUGGAUCAAAACAUACCUAUACACAGUGAUUUAGGAUGGAUUUUUUAUAUUGAUACCCAAUAAAAUGAAUGAAAAAAGAAAACUGAUUAUUUUUGCUCAUAUAUGGAAGUGGACUUGGUGUUCUUUUUUUGUCAAAGAGUAUCUCUUUCUGUUGACAUCAGCCAGCAAAUAGCGCGUUUUCUAUCAUUUUUCGGUUUUUGGAUUGAACAGAGGAAGAAUGUUUCAGAUGUUUUUCUUUUUCUUCUUUUUUUGCUCCUUUCUCUUUCACUUAUCUGGAUAACUACUUGAUGCCAUUAUCCUUACAGCUUUGGUUGCAGAAAGAAUUUGUCCAUCAAAAAUGCUUUUUAUUUUUCCAUG